AUGGUGGUUUUCGUCGGCUGCGUAACAUUUAGCGCUUCGGUGCUGACGAUUGGACUUGCGACGUUGGACCGCUACAUAGCUAUCGUCUAUCCGUUUCGCUACAACCAGCUGAUGACUCCUAGAGCAGCGAAACUCAUGGCUAAUGUCGGGUUUCUUUAUGGUGCGAUCGGGCUUGUGGUUGCGAUCACCAUUCUCGUGUUAAAUGCUCUCAUAAUAGUCGUAUACGUCAGGUUCGACUUUCUUAGAACGCAAAGGAACUACUUCAUCAUUAAUCUGGCAUGUGCCGAUACAUUAACAGCGGUCGCAGCUGGAGCAACUGUAUUCCUCAAAGCUUUCGUACACGAGUAUCAUGCGACACAGCUAGCUUGUGGAAUAUUUGUUUUUGUCGUCUACGUCUCAAAUGGUGCAUCAAUUCUGACGAUUGGACUUGCGACGUUGGACCGCUACAUUGCUAUCGUCCAUCCGUUUCGCUACAGCCAGCUGAUGACUCCUAGAGCAGCAAAAUUCAUGUUGCUGUCCGUCUGGCUGUAUACAACUGGGUACGGGUCAAUAGCCGUGGUUCAGGCGAUCAAAAGAUGGCGACCCGGAAUGUUGUGUGUUAUUGAUAUGAUAACCAAUAAAUGGCUGAGCUGGUAUGUUGCUAUCAAUUACGCGGCCGUGUUACUGUUCAUGACGUACGCGUACGUCGUUAUAGGUCGGAUCAUGAUUGACCACAGCCGACGUGUUGCCGCAGCAACUAAUCAAACGCAGCUUCAACAACUGUCUAGCCUCGCUGGAACGUUCAAAGCAGCCAAACUCAUCCUGACUGUCGUUGGCGUGUCCAUCCUACUAAUAAGUCCCAACAUUUUACACACGUUUCUGGCGACGUCUAUUGCAGAAACACGCCCGCGGGCGCUCAACGCACUGCGCCAGAUACGAAUUGCAGCUCUUUUCGUGAACAUGUUUCUGAACCCUAUCAUGUACUUCAUGAAGUAUGACGAGUUUAGGGUGGCAAUAAGGAAGCUUCUAG